AUUUUAAUUGGAUCAAAAUUCGACUCGAAAAAACAUUUUGACACCCAGUUACCAAAAAAAAAAAAAAAUCCGAAACGUAUGCUUUAUUGCUUUAUCGUUCUCCAGACUUCUCCUUCACAAUCUACUCCCGGAGACUGCUGCGUUCAAAACAGUUGUUUUUCAGGAAUAUGCCUUAGAGUUCUGUUAGCACUUUUAUGAUGGGCGGUGUAACAGAUAAGGUCCACAAUUAUUUUGAUGGUGAUCAAUCGAUGAGAGGAAUUUUGUCCGAGCAAAAGAAAAGUGCAAGCAAGCAUGGCUUUUGGAGAUGCUUGGUAUGUACAUAUGAAAAUGAUGGCAGCUUAUCCUCUUGCUACAUUUGCGGUGUAUUUAAGGACUCAUUUGAUGGGUGGAUAAAUAAAGGUGAAAAUCAAGCACUCGGCAUCUGUGAACAUUCAACAUCUGUAAUGGCAAAAGCGCUAUUUGCAGGAAUGCCGCAUCAGGGUACUGUAAUAUCCAGUCUCUCCGAUGCCUUCUUAAGAAAAGAUGACUUGUCCUCUGAGACUAGAAGCACAGAAAGCUUAAAUAAUGUUCAAGAAACAUUGCCGGCUUCAAUUUCUAAGCAUUCUAUUACUAUAGUCCCUUUCAGGUUUGACACCUUAUCGCCGGAUGAUAUUGUUUCACUUGGAAGAAAGAAAACAAAAGAUCAUUUGGCCACAGCAAUUCCCGCCACUAUUUCAUCAAGUAGCACUGACGAGAAGGAAGUGGUUAAAAUCUUGGCAGAGCAUGAUGAUCCAGAGACUUCAUCUGCCCUAUCAUCUCAUUUAAAUGGAAACCGGAGCAACAAUUUGGGCAUUAAUGAUAAUGAAUCAGAAAUUCUUGUUAGCAAGAUACACCAUUUGAAGUUGGAUAAGAAGAUAAAAAAUAUUAAAAAAGUCAUGUCACCUUCACAGUACAAGCCCGAGAAGUGGAUAUUGUCCGAACAGCAACAAGAAACCAAGAGCCAGCUGAAUAUUGCUAUUGUUGGUCAUGUUGACUCUGGAAAAUCCACCUUGUGUGGGAGAUUGCUCCAUCUUUUGGGAAAAAUCUCAAAGAAAGAGAUUCAUAAAUAUCAGAAAGAGGCUAAAGAAAAGGGGAAGGGGUCAUUUGCAUUUGCAUGGGCAAUGGAUGAAACUGCUGAAGAGAGAGAAAGGGGUAUAACAAUGACAGUGGCAAUUGCCUACUUCGAGUCGAAGAAAUACCGUGUGGUUUUACUCGACUCUCCGGGACAUAAAGAUUUUGUUUCGAAUAUGAUAUCUGGUUCUACUCAAGCAGACGCUGCCAUACUUCUUGUUGAUGCGUCCAAGGGUUCUUUUGAAGCUGGGAUGGGUUUCCAUGAUGUUGGACAAACGAAAGAGCAUGCACAACUUAUAAGGAGUUUUGGUGUCGAGCAAAUUGUUGUUGCUGUUAAUAAGAUGGAUACUGUUGGAUACUCUCAGGAAAGAUUUAAUUACAUUAAAUCCCAACUAGCCGCUUUUCUGCGAUCCUGCGGAUUCAAGGAAACACUAAUCACAUGGAUUCCUUUGAGUGCCAUGGAUAAUCAAAAUGUGGUGACUUCGGCUUCUAAUGAUCACUUGUCUUGGUAUCAUGGUCUCUGCUUGUUGGAUGCUAUAGACUCUUUGUACCCUCCAGAACGGGACGUCUUAAAACCACUUCUUAUGCCUGUAUGUGAUGUUGUUUCAUCGCAUUCAUUAGGCCAAGUAGCUGCAUGUGGUAAAUUGGAAGCUGGAGCUAUUCGACAUGGAUCCAAGGUACCAUUAGGUCCUUUUAUUUCUAUCCUCUUGAUGAUCUUCUGCUGUGACAGUUUGAACUACGUUCAGGUUUUAAUAAUGCCCUCUGGAGAUUUGGCUACUAUUCGAUCCAUAGAGCGAGAUUGCCAAGCAUGCCUUUCCGCUAGAGCAGGUGACAACGUGGCUGUAAGUUUGCAAGGUACUGAUGUCUCCAAUCUUGUGCCUAGUGCGGUGAUAUGCCACCCAGAUUUCCCAGUAACUGUAGCAGACAUUUUGGAGCUUAAGAUCCUUGUUCUGGACGUCAAAAUGCCAAUAUUACUUGGAUCUCAUGUUGAAUUUCACAUACACCAUGCUAAGGAGGCUGCUCAAGUGACAAAAAUAGUGUCCCUGUUGGAUCAAAAGAAAGCAAAGACCUCUAAAAUAGCACCUCGUCUUCUAACCGCCAGGCAAAGUGCUACUAUAGAGGUCUCUUUAGAAAGACCAGUCUGUGUGGAAGAAUUUUCUAGCUGUCGGACACUUGGAAGGGCAUUCCUGCGUUGCUCUGGAAUUACCAUAGCUGUCGGCAUUGUGACUAGGAUAAUAUUCGCGGAUGAACAGUAGUUUUCUGUGACGAGCCGUCAAGUGGCCUUUCUUUUCGGAAAUAUGUGCUGCUGUGAUGCAUUGGCUUAUUAUCUUAUUUUCCUUCUCAAAGACGGGUGCUGGAGCUUUCCUCAAAGACUACUAACUACUUGAAUUUGUAUCAUCAAUUCAAGAAAGGUAAGCAUAUUCUUUUCCUUGGCUUUUGUUGUUUUAUUGUGAGCUAUGCACAUCAUGUAAAUUACAGAAUUCAGUGAGUUUCUACCUUUGUUUAUUUAAUUGUAACUUUAGCACAAUACUUUUAGUAUACUGGACAAAAUUUUCUAAUAUAAAAGUUAGCUUAGAAACGUA